AUGAAGUUUGGGUGGAUCGAGGUGGCUGUGGCAGCUGCCUCCGUGGCAAACGCCAAUUCAUUGGAAUAUUCUCCCCCAUACUACCCCUCACCAUGGAUGACUGGUCAAGGUGAAUGGUCCGAGGCCUACGCCCGCGCUGUGGAGUUCGUCUCCAACCUCACUCUCGCCGAGAAGGUGAACAUCACUACAGGCUCCGGCUGGGAGCAAGAACGAUGUGUUGGUGAAACUGGUGGCAUUCCCCGCUUGGGUAUGUGGGGAAUGUGCAUGCAGGACUCGCCUCUGGGCCUGCGCUUCAGCGAUUACAACUCCGCCUUCCCCUCUGGUGUCAAUGUUGCCGCAACAUGGGACAAGCGACUCGCUUACCAGCGUGGUGUGGCGAUGGGCGAAGAGCACCGCGACAAGGGUGUGGAUGUACAGUUGGGCCCCGUCGCUGGCCCACUGGGCAAGUAUCCCGACGGUGGUCGUAACUGGGAGGGAUUCGCACCUGACCCCGUUCUGACCGGUGUGAUGAUGGCCGAGACCAUCAAGGGUAUGCAAGAUGCUGGUGUCAUUGCUUGUGCGAAGCAUUGGAUCGGAAACGAGCAGGAGCACUUCCGCCAGUCCGGCGAAGCUGUAGGGUAUGGCUACAAUGUGACCCAGAGUGUCAGCUCAAACAUCGACGAUAAGACCAUGCACGAGCUGUACAUGUGGCCCUUUGUGGAUGCCAUUCGGGCUGGUGUUGGAUCCGUCAUGUGCUCCUACAAUCAGAUCAACAACAGCUAUGGUUGCGCAAACAGCUACACACUCAACAAGUUGCUGAAGGGUGAGCUUGGCUUCCAAGGCUUCGUUAUGAGUGACUGGGGUGCGCAUCACAGCGGUGUUGAGUCUGCUCUUGCUGGCUUGGAUAUGUCCAUGCCUGGUGAUGUCUACCUUGGCAGCCCCUACUCCUACUGGGGAACCAACCUGACCAUCUCUGUGCUUAACGGCACAGUCCCCGAAUGGCGUGUCGAUGACAUGGCGGUUCGCAUCAUGGCUGCUUAUUACAAGGUUGGCCGCGAUCGUCACCGUACUCGUCCUAACUUCAGCUCUUGGACCCGCGACGAGUUCAACUUCCAGCACUUCAUGGUCAGCGAGAACUGGGGCAAGGUUAACGAGCGCGUAAACGUUCAACGUGACCACGCCAGAAUCAUCCGCAAGGUCGGUUCAGACAGUACCGUCCUGUUGAAGAACACGCGUGGUGCAUUGCCUCUUACACACCACGAGAAAUACGUGGCAAUUUUGGGUCAGGAUGCGGGAUCGAAUGCCUACGGCGCCAACGGUUGCGACGACCGUGGCUGCGACAACGGAACCCUCGCUAUGGGCUGGGGAAGUGGAACUGCCAACUACCCUUACCUGAUUACCCCCGAGCAAGCCAUUCAGAACGAGGCCCUCGAAUACACCGAUGGCCGUACCAACGUCUUCGCUGUGACUGAUGAUUGGGCCGUCGACAAAAUGGCCGCGGUCGCUGCGCAAGCCGAUGUCUCACUCGUUUUCGUGAAUGCUGACUCCGGCGAGGGCUUCAUUAACGUUGAUGGCAACGAAGGUGACCGCAAGAACCUCACCCUUUGGGGCAACGGUGAGCAAGUCAUCAAGACAGCCACUCAGAACUGCAACAACACCAUCGUCGUGAUCCACAGCACAGGCGCCGUCCUCAUCGGGGACUGGUACGAUAACGAAAACAUCACUGGUAUUCUCUGGGCUGGUCUGCCUGGCCAAGAGAGUGGUCGCAGUCUCGUUGAUGUCCUCUAUGGCCGUGUCAACCCCGGUGGUAAGACUCCCUUUACCUGGGGCAAGACCCGCAAGGACUAUGGUCCCGACAUCCUCACCGAAGCAAACAACGGCGACGGCGCACCCCAAGAUGACUUCGAGGACGGUGUCUUCAUUGACUACCGCCGCUUCGACAAGGACAACAUCGAGCCCAUCUAUGAGUUUGGAUACGGUCUGAGCUAUACUGAAUUUGCCUUCUCCGACCUCUCGGUCACUCCACUUGCCCCAAGCGCCUACAAGCCCACCACUGGACAGACCAAGAAGGCUCCCGUUCUUGGAGAGGCCGGCAAUGUCGAAGAGAACCUCUUCCCCAAGGGCAUCAAGCGCAUCCGCCAGUACCUCUACCCCUGGUUGAACUCUACCGACCUGCGCGCUUCAUCCGGUGACCCAGACUACGGCAUGGAGUCUCAGGAAUACCUCCCCGAGGGCGUUGCCGACGGCUCUCCCCAGGACCUCCUUCCUUCCAGCGGAGACAAUGGUGGCAACCCCGGUCUGUUCGAAGACCUCUACGAGAUCACAGCAACCAUCACCAACACUGGUUCUGUGGUUGGAGAUGAAGUUGCCCAGCUGUAUGUCUCCCUCGGUGGUGCCGACGAUCCCGCGAAGGUUCUUCGCUUGUUCGAUCGUGUUACCAUUGCUCCUGGUGAAUCCUUUGAGUGGACUGCCACACUCACCCGCCGUGAUCUCUCCAACUGGGACGUUGCCUCCCAAAACUGGGUCAUCUCCGACGCGCCUAAGAAGGUGCACGUGGGUAAUUCUUCGCGUAAGCUGCCUUUGGUGGCGGAUCUGCCUGCUCUUAAGUAG